AUAAAAUUGGGAGAUGCGCCACGGCUUCGGUGUCUACCGCAGCUGUUUCUGGGCUUGAGCUGUGCUAGCACCUCCCCCAGGAGACCGUUGCAGUCGGCUAGCCCCUUCUCCUCGGUAAACAUGUGCGACCGAAAGGCCGUGAUCAAAAAUGCGGACAUGUCGGAGGAGAUGCAACAGGACUCGGUGGAGUGCGCUACUCAGGCGUUGGAGAAAUAUAACAUAGAAAAGGACAUUGCGGCCCAUAUCAAGAAGGAGUUUGACAAGAAGUACAAUCCCACCUGGCAUUGCAUUGUGGGGAGGAACUUCGGUAGUUAUGUGACACAUGAAACCAAGCACUUCAUCUACUUCUACCUGGGCCAAGUGGCCAUUCUUCUGUUCAAAUCUGGUUAAAAGCAUGGACUGUGCCACACACCCAGUGAUCCAUCCAAAAAACAAGGACUGUAGCCUAAAUUCCAAAUACCAGAGACUGAAAUUUUCAGCCUUGUGAAGGGAACACCUUGAUCUUUGAACCUUUAUUGUGUUUUGUACAGGGCAUUCUCUGUACUAGUUUGUUGUGGUUAUAAAAUAAUUAGCAAAA